AUGUCGGAAACGCAAGUAGGUAGGUUUUGCCUGUCACGAUGUUGCUACGGCUUGCAUUCUUCAUCUGGAAUAUUGCCGCAGCCGGCGAGACUUCGUUUAAAGUUCGGUCUCAUUGUCACGGAAAAACUUGAGAGUAUCUACUUCCCCGUAUCAAAGAGACCGAGAGAUUGCGUCUCGUUAGAGAAGAGAGCACCAGGCCGGGCGGCACGGUGCGGUGAAUGGGGUGUAAAUAAGCGCGAGUACGUGGUGGAUCAUGCAUAUGCACCGCGUGGUGUGUCCUUCUCUUUGGCUGGUUCCACAGUUAACUUGGAUCACGAGCGCAGCAUGCCGAUGCCGCCAUCGACCAUGGCUCCCGAGGGCUCGGCCUGCAAUUUAAAUGGUCGCGACACGCAGCAAGUGUCUCCGGGGGUCGUUGGACAACAGCAUCGGCUUACCCGCAGUCUGAUCUCGGUCGGGUCCAGUGUCUGCCGAAUAUGUCACACAAACACGGCGAAGGAACCGCUUAUUUCCCCUUGUAGAUGUAAAGGCACGCUGGCUUACGUGCACUUGUCCUGCUUGGAACGAUGGCUGAAUCAGUCGUGCCGAACGUACUGCGAAUUGUGCCGGUACUACUUCAAUGCCGUGGAGACGCCUCGUUAUCGAUGGCCAGAAUCUCUGAGGAUAUGGAUUAGCCAUCCGCGGAAUCGUAGGAAUAUAGAAUCAGACCUGCUCAUCUUAACAUUACUCACCAUUGUUACGGUGGGAUUAGUCGCGGUGUGCCUUUUGGGUGUGCGAUACUUUGUCAUUGAGGGAAAUAAGAUUGGAAUUUCCAAGCCCUGGACACGAGGGGCAAUAUGGUUCUUCCUGACCAUCGUGAUAUUAGGCUAUAUCACCACAGUUUACCUGCUUUGCAGGGACCAGGUGUCGCCGUGGUACAGAUGGUGGAAGAGCACCGUCAAUGUCAGACUCGUCGUGGACCCUCAAUUGCUUCACCGUCGACCCUCUGAUGAGUCCUCUCAGGACCGCGAGAGUCACGAUGGGUCGAGGGAGACGACGGCGACGUCUGCGGUCGAUACGUCAUGAAACGAAUAUAUGUCGAUAAAAAGUGAAAGCAAGCCUGGCAGACGUAUAAAAAUAUAACUGUAAAAGUCCCAAGAUGUAAGUCACACGAACGAAUGAAAUAAACAUGAAUAUUAC